GCACACCGUAAAGUUCCUCCUCUUCUCUCCUACACCCCAACAGACUACAAACAAUUGUAUCGUUUCGCAGCAGGUUCAGAUAAACUUAAUUAUCUUCCUCAGUUUCACUUCUCUUCCCCUCGCAACCUGAACUUCAAUGUCGUCCGUACUGAAUACGGUUCUGUCAACGAGAUUAUCCCACGUCAACUCCAACUACCGAGUUCGAACUCGGCCUGUGCUGUCUCCUUGCUCUGUUUCUUUCACCACGCGGAGACUGACUGUGAGGGCACAGGAGUCUAGUGCAGAAGAAGUUAAAUCACAGGCACCAGAUAAAGCGCCAGCUGCAAGUGGGUCCAGCUUCAAUCAACUUCUUGGCAUCAAAGGAGCUGCACAAGAAUCUAAUAAAUGGAAGAUUCGUCUUCAACUGACAAAGCCUGUUACUUGGCCUCCGUUAGUAUGGGGAGUAGUUUGUGGAGCUGCUGCUUCUGGAAACUUUCAUUGGAAUUUGGAUGAUGUUGCUAAAUCAAUUGUUUGCAUGAUGAUGUCUGGCCCUUGUCUCACUGGCUAUACACAGACAAUCAAUGAUUGGUAUGACCGAGAGAUUGAUGCAAUUAAUGAACCUUAUCGUCCAAUUCCUUCUGGUGCAAUAUCUGAGAAUGAGGUCAUUACCCAGAUCUGGGUGCUUCUUCUAGCAGGCCUUGGCUUAGCUGGUUUGUUAGAUGUGUGGGCUGGUCAUAUCUUCCCAAUAAUGUUUUACCUUGCUCUGGGUGGAUCCUUGCUGUCAUACAUAUACUCUGCCCCACCUCUGAAGCUGAAACAUACUUGA